CCUAAUGGUUUGGGUGUAUGGCAGCAAGGACGGGCUUCGCGAGGAGGGCUUUCUUCAAUGCGGCGCAGCGCCGGCCCGCCGCCGGCCCGCGGCCGCCUCCGCCAUUGGGAUUCGCCGCUCCCAGGCGGGGCAGCCUCGCCAAUCGAAUGAAUUCGCCAGUGCUGCGGCGAGAGGUUUCCACAAUGCUCCCGUUCCAUUCCGCCACCGCGAAAGCGUGGCUGGUGUCGAGGAUAUCUGAUAUUCCAGUCGACGCGGGAGUGUUUAGAACGGUCCUCAAGAUGUUCCAGGUGGAAGAAUGUAGUGCUUAAAUCGGCUACAACACACAAAAAAAAGAAGGAAAAAUCGCGAAGAAAAACGAGAAAAAAGAAUCAGGAACGAAGAACAUUGCUGCUAAUUAAAUUGAUGGAAUUGCUUAUUGCCGCUUGGCUUGACGGCAUAUUCGGUGACGGGGGGGAAUGUUCUGUCAGGUCUCCCCCAAACCCUAAACCCUGCAUGAGAGGGAGGAUAUGGCUGCAAGAAGUGCUGGACGAUUCGCGAGGGCGGCGUUCGCCAAUGCCGCCUCCGCUGCGCGCUCCGCCCGGCCUCAGGCGCCGCCGCUCUUUCGCGCCCGCGCGCCUCAGCGCAAUCCCUUGGGCGGCGUUCGUUCUUCGGGACUCUUGCGACGGGAGAUUGUGAGCAUGCUACCGAUGCACACCGCGACCGCCAAGGCGUGGCUCGUGUCGCGGAUCUCCGAGGUCCCCGGUGAUGCAGAGUCUCUUUGCGUUUCUUCCCUGGAUGGCUUACUAAAUGUUUCGCUAGGUGCUUAUCUAAAAUGGCUAUGGUUACGUCUUAAGAGCCGGAGAUUCGUUUCCCGCGAGACACACCAAGAACACACUCAAGUUUUUGAAGUUUCUAUUGAUCCGCCGCGAGAUCUCUCUCCGUCCAAAUUGUUCUUCCAAAAGGUAGAGCUCCCAGAUCUCUCCCGGUUUGAAGUUCUUCGUUGACGCACUGUGGAGGCAAAGAGACAAGAAAAGCUUGUUUUUUAGAGACCGACUUUCUAUUGUUUUUUUUUCUCGCAUUGCUUCUUUCCAGCAAAGGCCAUCGAAUAAAUUUUAUUCUCUACUCAUUCCA